AUGACACUUUCUAUUGGACGCAACCGACUGGGAGAUGAAGGAACAAAAUAUAUAGGUCAUGCUCUACAACACAACGAAGUAAUAUCAUCAGAAGUUCUUCUUUUUAUCAUUGUAUCAAUCACUUACUUGUUCAUCCAGACACUUACCACACUUGAUCUAGAAGAUAAUGAAAUCGGUCAUCGAGGAGCACAACAUCUAGCUACUGCUUUACAACAAAACAAAACACUCAUCACACUUGAUCUUGCAAGCAAUCAUAUCGGAAAUAACGGAGCAAUAUAUCUAGCCAAUGCUCUAGAACAAAAUAAAGCACUUCUCUUACUUAAUCUGAAAGCCAAUCAUAUUGAUAACCAAGGUGCACGACAUUUAGCCAAUAGUAUAGCAAAAAAUGAAACACUCACCACGCUUGAACUUUAUAACAAUGAAAUUGGUGAUAGUGGUGCUGAAUAUUUACGCAAUGCUCUAGAACAAAAUAAAACACUCACUUCGCUUGGGCUCGAAAAUAAUAAAAUUGGUGAGUUAGGAGCACAACAUUUAGGCUAUGCUCUACGUCAAAAUAAAGUAACACAACUUCUUAUUCAAUCGCCUGCUUACUAUAUUCUAUAG